CGAUAGCAAAAAAAAAACAAAAACAUACAAAUCUCAAUACAAACCAAAACCACCAUCGCCAACACCGUCAACACCGCCACCACCACGAACCAUAUGAGCCUGAAUAAAAUCAAGAAGCGGGACGCGAGCGACUUAUGACUGAUGCGCUCCAAGGGCCACGCCGGUGUCAAUGUCGGCGUCGCCGUUGGCAGCGGCAGUCGGUACAAGGUGACGGCCCGCUGCGUCCCGGAAGUGAGCAUCACCUCGCCCACGGCAGCUGGAGCCGGUGCAUCCGCCCAGGCCAUCCAGCCAAAGCACUUUGCGCUCCUGCGCAGUCGCUCGCAACCUUCGCCGCCGACAUCUAACAGCCUUUUCUCCACGCCUCCAGGCGGCGCAACUCUGGUCGAGGAGGAGGAUUUCAGCUUGGCCAGCGGCAGUGGCAGCGGCAGCGGCACUGGCUCGUCCAAAAACGUGCUCCAGCGCCAGCUGGCCACCACUAUCCAACAGGAGGAUCUGGCGGAGGAUAAUCACUCAGGGCAGCAAACACAGCAGCAGGGCGAACCGCCUAACGAGUUGACGCCUUUAGUGGAGGAACCGGGCGGGUUUGCUCCAACUACCACGUCAAUCGGCAACAACCGCUACAGUCACAACUCGAAGACCACGCGAUCCUGGCCGGUGAUAUACCGCAAUCCCCACGCCUGCGACUACGAGACCUUGUACGUGCAACAGCAACAGCUCCAGCAGCAGCAGCAGAGCUUCAAGCAGAACUGCUACUCGAACCAGUUCAAACAGUCCAUUGUCUACUCCAGCAGCAAUGAGGAACUGCCCGGCGGAGAGCCUGUAGCCUCCAGCUCAGCAGAGAACCGCCAGACGACGUGCUACUACUUCGCCCCCAGCCAGCACAACAGCAUUUAUGAGCACCCCUCCUCGGUGGUCGGAGGAUCCUUGCAGUUCGAGCAUCCAACCACAACAGCAGCGGCGGCAGCAGCCGUCGAGAGCCUGAGGCGGAGUAACAGCAUCCUGCUGCGUCAGAACAGCUGCGCCAAGGUCAUCCAGCGGCGAGGCAGCGGUAGCGGUUCACCCACCUCCCUGGGAUCCCAAAUGGAGGGUCUGGGCAUGGGGGGCGGUGUCACGGGCAGUGCCUGCUGCUCCACUUGCUGCAUGGGUCCGCCGCCAGUGCUCUUCCUGUUCGUCACCCUGCUAAUGACCACCAGCGCCACAGCCAUGUUGUGCGCCGCCAUCAUGACCGACCACUGGGAGCACGUCACUUGGGAUCGCAAUAGCUUGGAUCGCUACACCAACCGGUCGGGCUUGCACCUGGAGUGGCUGCUCGACGACCAAGUGGCCAUGCUCAAGCCGGACAAGAGGGCCGACCAUCGCUUCCGACGCGACUCAGUGUUCCUAGUCCCUAUGCACGGUGGGAUCUGGACCCUCUGCAUCGACCUGCCCAUGCAGCAACUGCAGGAGCUGCGCCGCAACCCCAAGUUCCCAAGAGGCGCUCCACCGUGCGUCAACUACCUGGCCGGCUCCAUGGAGAACGCUCGUGGGGAGGAGCAGCGCAACGACUGGCAGCACAGUGAGUCACAGGUCACACUGCAGCCGCAUCUGAGAAUGCAAAACCUCUCCAUAUCCUGCUCGUUGGUCUGCCUCAUCAUCUUGGGCAGCGCCGCUCUGGUGGGAGCAUUUGGAGUCUGCCAGCGCCAAAUCAGCGCUAUACUCAUCACAGGAGUAAUGUAUCUGCUAGCGGCUCUCUUCGCCCUCUUCACCCUGAUGAUCAUCCACUUCAAGCGACAGCAAGGACGACCGAUGCUGGACAGCGACUACGACGGCACUGUGGACGGAAUUGUGGCCAGACCCGGUGGGGUGGCCAUUAUGGCGAAGCCUUUGCUCGGAGCGCGCAUAUUUCUCACCUCAUGGAGCCUCGAUCUGGGAUGGGGAGGUGUGGUGCUGUGCGCCAUUACCUCGGUCCUGUGGAUUCUGCUCUCGAAGAUCAUGCGCUACAACCCGUUCUCGGCGCUCAUGAUUUAGCUAAACGCCUUGCCGCUCGGCGUCUACGGUGCCAGCUACGGGAAUCUUCGGAGCUGCGAGAGCUACGGCAGCUAUGGGAGCACCCACAGCGGCAGUAGCAGCGGCGCCAGCUCCAGUUUCCUCCUGGCAGCGGUUUCGUCGAAGCGGCAGGCGGAAAACCGGGGAAAGGGAAAAUACAUUCUCUAGGACUUUUUCCUUUCUCUCUUUUAGGAACUUUACCUUACUUGCCCACUAAGGGCAUUACUUUCCUUCUUUUUCUUAAAUCCUUUUAGGAGGAUUCAAAACUGUACCCAUUUCCAGGCUACUAUUCCCUUUCAGUUAGCUAUUACUUAACUAACUUAACUAUUAAAAGCCUUAUAUAUUUUAGCCCCAGUUUAGUUAGCUGUGUUGAAAUUGUACCAAACUCAAAAGUCUAUUGCCUUGUUCUUUAUAUAUACAACCGAUAUACACUACUCUUAUAUUAUUCUAUAUAUCUAACUUUAAUAUGUGCAAUUGUAAAUUCAAUUUACACCUUAACACUUACAACUAAACAAUUGAUUCGCCUCUGAUUUAUCGCUAAUCACUCUAGUUUAGUCCUUUAAAAGAGACCAUGACCAUGUGGCAUGUGGAAUGUAAGACAUUGUUGCAUCAGACAUGAUAGGCCUAACCCCGGGGUUAGUUAGUUCGCUUAACUAGUGCUAAUAAGGCUAAUAAAGUUAUCCGCUUAACAUUAGACUGGACUUGAAUAGAGAACAUUUGAUAGAAGUUGCCUAUCAGUUUCGACUGGUAAUGGCUUUGUUUUUUCAUCUUAUUUCAUUUGUAUCUUUAACCAAACCAAACUCUGCUCAGAUUCGAACCAUUGCCUAGAAUUUAGAGUCGUAGAAGUGCAAUAACGAGAUCAUUUAGUGCUUUAAAACAAACGGUUUACAAAACUUAUUGUACUUACUAUAUGAAGCGACCACACAAAUAACAAGCUAAGAGUAUAAACAAUGUAUUUUUAUGCAAACGCUUUGCCUUAAAAAAAAAUAAAACAAACUUACAUAUUUAAAUAAAAAACAAAAUACAUUUAUUUUAAAAACUUAAAGAAGACUUUUCCUGUGGGUUGGUGGUUUCCCCAAUACUUCCAUAUCUGAGUAGAAAAAUU